GGAGAACAAAGAUGUCCCUGCACCGGGCUUCCUUGCGCCUGGCUUCCUUGCUGCUCUUCUCUCUUGCCCUCCAUAGUGCCCUGGCCCUGAAGCUCUGCUCCUUCAAUGUGAGAUCAUUUGGAGAGCGGAAGAAGGAAAACGACAAUGCCAUGGAUGUCAUUGUGAAGAUCAUCAAACGCUGCGACCUUAUACUCCUGAUGGAAAUCAAGGACAGCAGCAACAACAUCUGCCCCAUACUGAUGGAGAAGCUGAAUGGAAAUUCACGGAGAAGCACAACGUACAACUAUGUGAUUAGUUCUCGACUUGGAAGAAACACAUACAAAGAACAGUAUGCCUUCCUCUAUAAGGAAAAGCUGGUGUCUGUGAAAGACAAAUACCUCUACCAUGACUACCAGGAUGGAGACGCCGACGUGUUUUCCAGGGAGCCCUUUGUGGUUUGGUUCCAAUCACCCUUCACUGCUGUCAAGGACUUCGUGAUCAUCCCCUUGCACACGACUCCUGAGACUUCCGUGAAAGAGAUUGAUGAGUUGGUUGAUGUCUACACGGAUGUGAAACGGCGGUGGAAAGUGCAGAAUUUCAUCUUCAUGGGUGAUUUCAAUGCUGGCUGCAGUUAUGUCCCCAAGAAGGCCUGGCAGAACAUCCGUUUGAGGACUGACCUCAACUUUGUUUGGCUGAUUGGGGACCAAGUGGACACCACAGUCAAGAAGAGCACCAACUGUGCCUAUGACAGGAUUGUGCUUCGAGGACAAGAGAUAGUCAACUCCGUGGUUCCCAAUUCAAAUAGCAUCUUUGACUUCCAGAAAAGUUAUCAGUUGUCUGAAGAGGAGGCUUUGGAUGUCAGUGAUCACUUUCCAGUUGAAUUUAAACUCCAGUCUUCAAGGGCCUUCACCAACAACAGAAAAUCUGUUGCUCUAAAGAAGAGAAAAAAAGGCAAUCGCUCUUAGGUACCAUGGUGCCAUUUUUUUUUUAAAGUCACUCCUUGCUUCUAAAUAAAAUGGCUCUCACAGGUCUAAACUAUCUGCAUACUCUGCACACUCAGGAAUUAAGAGUGGCCUGGCUAAUUUCAUUGUCUAUCU